CCUUUAACUGGUUGCUGGUGGGUGGAGAAUUAACGGGAAUCGCUUUGGCUGUUUUCGCUUUUUAUUUACUGUCUUACUUUCGGUUUUGCUCAGCUACGCAGCGAGUGAUUUGCAAAGAAGCGAGAACAAGGCAGCUCCCUCCGUUCUUCAAGGAAAGACAGCAGAAAUACAAUCCUCAUUGCCUAGGAUCAACUUCCUCUCCGGAGAUUAUCAUCAGCCAUGCCUGAAUGUGGCCUUCUGACACACUCUCACAAGCCUGUACCCUUGCAAAGCAUCUCCGUUGAUGUGCUGGUCCGAGGCUUUGUGGCUGAUGUGGUGUCUGAACUCCGAUACCAAAAUGAAGAGAAGAACCCAGUGGAGGCUGUGUUUGUCUUCCCCCUGGAUGAUGAGGCUGCCGUAUAUGCGUUUGAGGGCCUGAUUGGCGAGACGCGGAUUGAGGCCCAGAUCCGAGAAAAGAAACAGGCAGAGCAAGAAUAUGAGGAUGCCUUGAGUGAAGGCCGCGAAGCUUUCCUGCUCGGGAGGGAGGCAAACACCAGUGACAUCUUCACCUGCAGUCUGGGCAACCUUCCGCCCGAUGGGGAGGCCACCCUGAAGCUGCGCUAUGUCCAGGCAUUGGCUCCGGAGCCAGACGGGGCUGUCCGCUUUGUCCUGCCCGCUGUGCUGAAUCCUCGCUAUGUACCCCAGGGCUUCGUCCCAACACCUGGAUCAGGAGCAGGCACUGUCACCAACAGCAUACCACGAGUGCCCAAGGGGCAGCUUCCCUACACACUCAGCCUCAACGUCACACUGGAAGCUCCCUGUGGCAUCAACCGUGUGGAGUCCAAGUGCACCCUUGAGCCCCUGCACUACACAGCAGAAGACCAUACCACUGCCCAGGUCUCCUUGGCCACAGGUCACCAGUUUGACCGAGAUGUGGAGCUGCUGGUUUAUUAUGAGGACGUUCACAAGCCCAGCACCCUGCUGGAGGCUGGGAAGACGGGAGCUGCCCCUGGCUCCUUGAUGGGGGACCCAGCACUUCUGCUUACCCUGUACCCCAGCAUCCCUGCCCCAAAGCCUGGCCUGAAUUCUGCUGGGGAGUUCCUCUUCUUGCUGGAUCGCUCUGGAAGCAUGGAUAACAGCUCUGGGGUUGGCAGGGAUUCACCAUCCCGCAUUCAGAGUGCCAAGGAGACCCUGGUUCUCAUCCUGAAGAGUCUCCCUCUGGGAUGUUACUUCAACAUCUACGGAUUUGGAUCUACUCAUGAUUCAUUCUACCCGCAGAGUGUCGAAUACACCCAGAAGACCAUGUCGAAGUCCCUCCAGCGUGUGAAGGAGCUGCGGGCUGAUUUAGGGGGGACAGAGAUUCUCCGACCGCUGAAGGACAUUUACAGCCAGCCGUGCCGAGAAGGACAUCCUCGUCAGCUCUUUGUGUUCACUGAUGGAGAGGUAUUUAAUACAGAUGAGGUCAUUGCUGAGGUACGCCGUCACAGCAGCUCCCACAGGUGCUUCUCUUUCGGCAUUGGCGAAGGGGCCUCCACGGCCCUCAUCAAAGGCAUCGCACGAGCAGCAGGGGGCAGUGCUGAGUUCAUCACGGGCAAGGAGCGCAUGCAGGCCAAGGCACUGCAGUCUUUGAAGAAGGCCCUCCAGCCAGCAGUGACAGGGAUCUCUCUGCGCUGGGAUUUGCCUCCUGGUCUUGAGGCUGCGCUUGUGGGGUCAGGCCCUCAAGUCAUCUUUGAGGGGCAGCGCUGCCUCAUCUAUGGCCAGAUCCGUGGGAAGCCUCAGUCCUCAGAAUCAGCAGAAGGAUCUGUUGUGCUGAAGUACAGCUUCCAAGACCAGACUCUCACAGAGACUAUGAAGUUCCCACUCCAGGCUCAGGAGAGUGACAGGCUCCCUGUUCACCGCCUGGCAGCUCAGGCCCUGUUGCAGGAACUGGAGGAAGCCAAGGAGCAGGAUGAAGGAAAGCGGCGCCUGGCACUGGAGACGAGCCUGAGCUCCGGGGUGGUUUGUUCACAGACGGCCUAUGUGGGAGUGAACAUGGAGCUGAGCAAGGCCCUUCAAGGACCCCUCAGUCGUCGAAACAUUCCACUUGCACAAUGUUUUUAUGCUGGAGUCCCACAGAUAAACAGAAGUCUGCGUUCACCCAGAGUAUGUUCCAGCACCUACUCUGAAGGAGUGUUCUACAAGUGUUCCGCCCGUGUUGCAGUGCCAAAGCCGCAAGCCCGAAGGUUCAAUCUAAGAAUGUCUGCAGUCUCAUUAAAAAGCAAAAGACGUGAAGUUGACAUGGACGACCAUCUAGAAGAUUUAUCAGAUUGCUCAGCCCCAGGUUUGCUCAGAGAAGAGGAGAAGGAGACCACCCUGAAGGAAGAGGGAUCCCUUCUCUUGCGCUUGAUCUUACUGCAAAAUGCUGAUGGCUCCUGGCCCCUUGAUUCUGACCUGGCCACCCUGCUAGACCUGAGUGAGGCUGAGAUCUCCAGCCAAAAGCCUGCCCAGGUGAUCCCAACCGCAUGGGCAACGGUGCUGGCCGUCCUCUGGCUCCAUUUCAGAGCCGCAGAGCAGAAUGACGAGUGGCAGCUUCUGGAAGCGAAAGCUCUCAGCUGGCUCCAGGCAACUGCAGGGCCUCAGCUGGCUGAGUGUGUGAAGGCGGGGAAUGCCCUGCUGGGAAGCAGUGUCAGCCCCCAGGCUUUUGGGCUCUAAGGCCCUCUCUCCAACCCCGUGCCUUAAACUGGAGCCUCUGCUUUGCUCCCAUCUCCCUUUCGCAGGUACCAAAGCACUGAGUCUAUGGAAACGUGGGGGUUACGUUCCCAGACUCAAAACCAAAAAACCCAAAAUUGCCCCCCAAAUGUGGAAACAGGCCCAACAAACUGCCAUACCGUGCUCUGCCAGCUGUCAGGAGUCCAAAGAUGCCCCUCACAAGCGCAAAAGUGCCCCAAAUUCAACUUAAAAUUAGGGGGUGGAAGGUUGUUUACGACAAAUGAGCCAAAAAUGGCUCCCGCUCUCAAAAUGGCUGGAAAUGACCUCCAAGAUCAUUUUUGGCCACCUGCGGAUAAGUAGGAUUUAUUCAGUUUUUGCCAGAUUUUUUCCGCGUAGAUGUACCGCAGAUGGUUCUCCUGUAGUCAGAUCUUUGCCACUCCACUUGGGCAAUGAGACAUGUACUAACACUGAAGAGGUGGACACCAGUCAUGGUGUGGGCUGUAAGGGACUGCUUGCUUCAGUGUGCCAAAGAGCCGGCACCAGAACCCAGGCCAUGCCUUGCAUUGCAUCCAAUAGAAAGUCUCUGUUCUUUACUGUAUGCAUUCUAAUAAAAGAUAUCUGCUUAUA